CAUUUUACUCUGAAGAGAAAUGCCAAAAUGUAGGGGGCUCCUUCCACUGCAUCGCGUGUGGGUGUCUUAGCAACGAGACGAACCCUUUACUACCUUCACUACCAAUUGUGGUUCUCCAGCUGGGUCCUCGUUGGAGUGGGCCGACAUCGUCGGAUGGUGCUGGCGUCACUGUAAAACAACUAUCUCCCGUCAGUUCGGCUCUUCCUGGGAGUUGGCACGACUUCAAUGGGAAGUUCUUACUCGCAUGACUGUAAGGAGAUAAUUGCCUACAUUCCUGUUACCUCGCGAAAGGACCUUUCCUGCAUGACAAGACGGGGCAGAAUCGUUUCAGAGGCUAUGCCGAGCUCCCAGCAGUCGGGCAGGCGUGAUAUUGGCUAGAUUGUACCCAGUAUUUCAGAUUGAGGGCCGCCAAUCAACUCAACUUCUGGAACGAUU